CUCCCUCGCCCUCCCCCGGCCGCCGGCGUCAUGGUGCUCACGGACAAGCAGCGGCAGGACCUCCACCAGGCCAUGCUCGACUACCUCGUGGGCAUGGGCGAGCGCUUCGCCGACUCGGCCGCGGCCUUCGAGAAGGAGGCGGACGUGAGCAAGUCCAGCGACGGCAAGCACGCCGGCCUGCUGGAGAAGAAGUGGACGUCCGUCAUCCGCCUGCAGCGCAAGGUCAUGGAGCUCGAGACCAAGGUCGCGCAGCUCGAGGAGAACGCCAAGCUGGGCGGCGUGCUGAGCCGCAGGGACGUGCUGGGCGCCCGCCAGCGCUCCGAGUUCCUGCCGCGCGCGCCCGCCAAGUUCUCGCUCACGGGCCACCGCUCGCCCAUCACGUGCGUGGCCUUCCACCCCGUCUUCAGCGUGCUCGUGUCGGGCAGCGAGGACGCCAGCGUCAAGGUCUGGGACUUUGAGACGGGCGAGUACGAGCGCACGCUCAAGGGCCACACGAACCCCGUGCAGGCCGUGGCCUUCAACGGCUCCGGGUCGCUGCUGGCCUCGACGUCCACGGACCUGUCCAUCAAGAUCUGGGACUUCUCGAGCGACGGCGACUACGAGUGUCUGCGCACGCUGCGAGGCCACGACCACAACGUCUGCGGCAUCGUGUUCGGGCCCGACCUCGCCAGCGACCGACUGUACUCGUGCUCGCGUGACAACACCAUCAAGGUGUGGGAGCUCUCCACGGGCUACUGCGUCAACACGCUCAACGCGGGCCACAGCGACUGGGUGCGCGACGUGGCCGUGAGCGACGACGGACUGUACUUGGCGUCGUGCGGCAACGACCGCUCCAUCCUCUUCUGGGACCUCCAGCACAUGCGCGUGCUGCAGUCGAUCCGCGAACACGAGCACGUCGUGGAGAGCGUGGUGUUCGCCAAGACAGGGAUUCAGGAACAGGUUAUCGAGCGGGCGCACUCCAAGAAGCUCUCGGCGACAGGAGCGCUCAUCACGGCCAACGGGAACGCCUCCCCCGAGUCCGACGACCAUGACAUGACUGGCAGCUCGGCAGGAGAACCGACGGGGGCAGUCACUGUUGCCAGCAGCUCUCCCCGCCGGAUGAAGUUCCUGUUGUCUGGCUCGCGCGACCGAACGGUCCGUCUGUGGGAAGCCUUCAGUGGCAUGCAGCUCAUGCUCUUCGCGAGUCACGAGAACUGGGUCCGCGAGGUGCGCUUCCACCCCAGCGGCAAGUACGCGCUUAGUGCGGGCGAGGACAAGAGCAUUCGCGUGUUUGACAUUGAGACUGGCCGGUGUGUGCGGACGCUGGACGAGGCGCACAGCCACUUCGUGACGUGCCUUGACGUCCACCCAAGUCUCCCGCUGAUCAUUUCCGGCGGCAUCGACAAAAUCAUCAACGUGUGGGAGUGUGUAUAA